AUGGGAAUAUCUACUAAUGGAUUCUUAAUGGAUCAUAAUAAUUUAAUUAGUCUGCAUUGCCGACUAAGGUCACUGAAUUUGGAUGCACCAGCUGUUGAUUCCCUUGUUGUUUCCCCUGUUCAUUCACCUAGUAUUCAUUCUAGUUCAGAUGCACAGUGUUCCUCAAUGUCAGCCCCUCCAAACAGGACUAGGCCUAUGUUGGUAGAACCUCAAAGACAAGCAAGACCACCUGCGAUUAGUCCUGCUCUUAAAAAUCAUAAGUGGUUCCCUUCUCCAAAAAAAGCUAUCGGAAAGGUUCGUACAGUGGCUCAAGAACUUCAUGCCACAUCUGUAGUGACUUCAGAUAAAGUUGUCUCGAUGCUAGAAGGUAUUGGGCUUGAAAAAAAAAACAAGAACAAGCAAAAGAGGAGAGAAAAACGAAGCGCUUAGUUGCUGAAUUAGCUAAACGCAACAAGCCAAGUGUUCCAGCUAAAAGAAAGUUGCUGCCAGCAACAAAAAUGGCAAAGAAGAAACCAAAAAAAUUUUCCAUUACAUAAAA